GAAGACCAGACAGCUGCAGGUACAAGCCUGCCAGCACAGUAUUGCCGGCAAGACUGCAGACCGUUGGAGGAUUAACUCUGCAUCUGCAGUGCAGCCACCAACGACCGCGACUCGAUACUGAUCACUAUUCGCCUGCCCGCUCAUAUCAAUGUACGCUCCAUUCAACAAGCAUUAUCCCAGUAUCUGAUCGUUCAUACGUUCAGUAUACUGCCAAAGAUAAUGAGCUCAGCUGCGACACCUGCCAUAUACAACGACGAACUUUCAAGGUCCAAUCCAACGUUGUCCUCCGGGUAUACGAUCAAGAAGUCUGCUCCAAUCUCGAUUCGAACAUCGAAAAAUGCGCAUUUAAAGCGGAAAUCGAAGAGUCCAGAUCGACAUCCUUCAGCGUACGUCCGGGGCGGGAGGGAUCAUUCCGAAACUCGACUUGCGCAGCUCAGUCCCAAUCUCAAUAUCAAUCGCUGGUCUCAUUCCACUUCUUCCAGUGUAUCGGCAAUAGAUACGGAGGCAGUCCGCGUGAAGGCCAACACAUCCCGACGAAUGAGUGCUGGACCGUCCCUGAUCCCGCCGGUCUCGAGCAGUCGAGGCCAAAGAGUUUCACAGUCCUUCAUGGUUCCCAGAUCCAUCAGUCAAAGUCCGCAUCGCCUGCGGGACCCCACCCGCCUUCAGGUUGAUCGCAAUCAUACCUCACGAGAUGUAAGUCCUGGCGGGGUCUCGCCGCUGACACCCACCUCAAUGUUCAACCCUGCUGCAAGUGAACACUUCGGCGAGUGGCAGGCCCGGAAGAUCGGCAAAGCCGGAGAGCCUGUUACAAUGUCGGUACAUUACAUGAGAACCACUGAAUCGGGUAAUCUCAGGCCUACCGACAAUAUCGCAUCACAACAUAUCUCACAGAAUAUGCGUCCCAGCACUCGAGAGGGAAGACCAGAGUCGGUGGCUCCAGUCGAGGCGACAGACUCUGCAGCAGCCAGCAUACCCGGCCAGGGGAGGAGUCACCGGAGCCCAGCGCAGAAAACCAUAUUGUCGAAAGCACUUGCAAAGGCGAACAAUGCUGUCCUUCUGGACAAUGCACAAAACAUAGAAGGUGCUAUAGAGGCCUAUGCUGAGGCCUGUGAUCUUUUACAACAAGUCAUGGUCCGCAGCUCCGAUAUGGACGAUAGAAAGAAAUUGUCCGCCAUCAAGAGCACAUAUUCGAACAGGAUAGCGGAACUUCAUGACCUGGAUGAUACCUUUUCUGGGUUGAUGGAAAAAGAGCUUCCGGAAGAUCCUCCCUUCGACGAAACUAAUCAGUCAUUCUUCACAGGUGAUGGCCUGGAACCCGAUACGACCCUCAUACUGGAGUCGGUUCAGAUUCCUCCUCGGCAGGAAUCAUUAUUACCUGAGAUCUUUGGUGGAGAGACAUACAUCAACAACUCCUCCAACCACAAGAGUAUACGUAUACCCAGUCUGGCUAUUCCGAUGGACACACAGUACAUGCCCCCUCCGCUCUCACCUAAGAGACCCCUAUCUGCCGCUUCUGAAAGGGACACCGACACGCCAUUAGCUCCCAUGCGUCCUAAUGAUGUGGUUAAUAACAUCAUGAAUGCCCGGGAAGAAGGUACUACAGAGUCCACUUCGUGGUUGGAUACUGUCGAAGAUGGUGAAAUUUCGUCCAGAUCUUCAAGACUAUCGUCGAUUGACCUUGGAAUACACCAUACCGAGAAUCUGGUCGAUAAUAUUGAGGCAGAGUUCGACGCUGCUCUGGAUGCUGCUGUUGAUGCAGCCUAUAACGACGACGCGGCUCCCGAAGAUUCGACACCCAAGCCGGACAGAAAUGCACAAGAUGUGUUCAACAUAAAUAUGCCAGCAUUCCAAUCGAUUCUGUCAGGGCAUGCUCCGCUUGAGGCUGACUCCGGCCUUACCCGAGAGUACGAUGAUGGCGAUUCCUCUGACGAAGAGGAGCGGAUGCUCGAGGAAAUGACCAAAGGUUACUCUUUCGAUGAUUUCUCCUUCGACAACAAAUCCAAGUCUGCUCUACCUCGGCAGUCAGACUCGAGCACUUUCUCCGGACAGACUUGGGCAAGCUCUGUGCCGUCAACAACAGCGACAACUAUUACGGCUCUGAGCACGCUAAGAGAGUCCCAGGAGCCAGCACUCGAGCAAUCACCGCGACCUCUUCCCCCUGCGAAAGAUUCUCCAAGGACAUCACCUCCUAAAGCACCACUUCCCCUCCCGCCUACGUUACCUGUGCCUCAGUCUGGCAGCAGACCCAAUAGUUUCGAUCGGUAUGGUGGACUCGGCAUCCGGGAGAGAAGAUUUUCCGGCAGGAGCGGUGAACAACUCAGGGUCGAGACCUUCGCUAGACGAAAUUCAUCAACACUAUCAGGCAAACCCCUUCUACAAACACCAGCUGCCUCGCAGGCGUCGGGUCCUUCUGCGCAGAAUGUUCCUCGUACGGCGCCACUAGAGAACACACCGUCGUUACUGGCUGGAGGCGAACCUCCCUCAAUGGCGACUGUCCCGUCAAUGGAAUCGUUCCAAAGUGAGUCUCCAUCAACACCUGCUCUAACUCAAGGCGGCUCUCAGGGGAGCAUCGAUGAAUCCAUGAUACCGCCUUCCCCUGCGCGAUUUGGGAAGAUGGUUUCGCCGCAGGGAGGAAUCAAGAACAAUUCGUCUUCCUCAAGUCUAAGGCCGAGAAAUUUGUCGGUUGCGACUAUCGAAAUGAGCAAUGAGUCUCCCGUGACGCCCAUCAGCGGGAACCUUGGUGGUGAGGCGAGUAAGGUCCCGCCACCGCAUCCUCUUUCAGCCUUGCCCACCCCAUCGGCAGCAGCUUUUGGGCCGACUUUGCUUCAAGCUGGCGGCAUGUACCUGUUCGAUGAUCAUACCGGUGUCCCUGGUUCUCCAACAACUCCGCGGAACCCGAGCGCUUCGUUAGAUCCACCGCAGCCCCUCGAACCCUGUCCGGAAUCAUUUUUCCUACGACCCUUCUGGCUGAUGCGCUGUCUAUAUCAGACUUUGGCACAUCCGCGAGGUGGCUACCUGACGACAAACCUGUUUAUUCCGCGCGAUAUCUGGCGGGUGAGGAAUGUCAAACUCAAGGCUCUCGAAGACAAGGUUUCGCAAUGUGAUCUCUUGACUGCUGCCCUGCAGAAAUUGGCGAAGGUCGAUACAUUCGAUGCAGAUGCAAUGCUCGAGGAAUUGCAAUGUUUCGAGACUGUUUUGGACCAGGUUCGGGUGACGUUGCUGAAGAAAAUCGGCAGUGAUGUGGGAUUCGGCGGCUCUUCAAAUCUCUUCAAGCCGAACAAAGAAGAUGAAGGAGCGGGCAAGACGAAUACCACGACUGGCAAAGGCUUCGCUUCCAGCUGGCGAAAAUUGAGAUCAAAGUCAAGCGCGCCUGCGAUGGGAAACCCCAUAGGUCCGAAAGAUGCGGCUGCGUCUGGGUUGACCAUCCCUUCGUUGCCGAUGACCUCGUCGUCUUCAAUCCAGUCAUCUCGAUCGCUGCACAGUCGCAAAAUGUUACCACCACCAACCCCAACCGCCAUGCCUAAUAUACAAACCAUUCACGCCACUUACAUGUCGAGUCUCGCCCGCCUUUUUGGUGCCGCCCAAGUGUUGGACGCGAUCGCAAGGCAGGUCGAAGAUCCAGGCCUGAAAUGCAGCAACAAAACCCAAGUUGGGUUGGAACUGGGAGUUAAGAACGCAGCGGAAUUUUUUGCCUUUUACAUCAUCCGGUUUGUGAUGGCCGAUCUGAUGCUGAUGGUCGACAAGUUUUUGAAACGGGGGACAGAAUGGGUCCUUACUUGAAUGUGUCUUACGAGACAAAAUCUGAUGCCUUUACUAUUUUGCAUUCACUAGGAGUUGUUUUUCUUAUGAUACCAAUCAUCGGCCAUUGCUGCGUCGCUCUGUGUUGAGAAGAGCAGGACUUUAUAUUUGUCAUGCGCGGCGUACAGGCGAGGUACGGGUGUAUAUAGAUCUGCAUCCAUGGGUGGCUAUGUAGCUGAG